UUUUUCCUUGUUGAAGCGCGCACCUUAAGUCGGCUUUGCUACUUCUUCGCACAGGCUGUCUGCUGAUCAUGUCUUCCAAGAAGAACAGAAAGCGGCUGAACCAAAGCGCGGAAAAUGGUUCGCCCUUGCCCUCUGCUGCUUCCUCUUAUGCUGGGGCACGGACUCCUUCUGCUGGGUCAGACUUUGCGUCGGCCGCCGGGACUCUGAUGGUGACCAACUUCUUGGAAAAGGUAGAUGGCAAAAUUCCUAAAACAUUCCAGAAUUUCCUUAUUCAUCUUGGACUCAACACUAUGAAGUCUGCAAGUAUAUGUAUUGGUCGACCAGUGUUGCUUACUAGUUUGAAUGGAAAGCAAGAGGUCUAUACAGCCUGGCCUAUCGCAGGAUUUCCUGGAGGCAAGGUUGGCCUGAGUGAAAUGGCACAGAAGAAUGUGGGUGUGAGGCCUGGUGAUGCCAUCCAGGUCCAGCCUCUUGUGGGUGCUGUGCUACAGGCUGAGGAAAUGGAUGUGGCACUGAGUGACAAAGAUAUGGAAAUUAAUGAAGAAGAACUGACUGAUUGUAUCCUGAGAAAACUAGACGGCAAGAUUAUUUUACCAGGCAACUUUCUGUAUUGUACAUUUUAUGGACGACCAUGCGAGUUGCAAGUAUUGCGAGUGAAAGGGGCAGAUGGCAUGAUAUUGGGAGGGCCUCAGAAUGACACCGAUGCCCAAAGAAUGGCCUUUGAACAGUCCAGCAUGGAAACCAGUAGCCUCGAGUUAUCCUUACAGCUAAGCCAGUUAGAUCUGGAGGAGACCCGGAUCCCAUCAUCGAGAAGUACUCCUUGUAAACCAGUUGAUGAGAGAAUUAUAAAUAAAACCAGUGAUGUUUUGUUGGAUGUUACACAGAGCCCUGGAGAUGACAGUGGACUUGUGCUAGAGGAAGUCACAGGUCUUAAAUGUAGUUCUGAAUCUGCCAGAGAAGGAAAUGAGCAACUUAUCAAAGAAGAAAGACUGCUAAAGUUCAGCAUGGGAGCAAAGUGCAAUACUGAUACUUUUUAUUUUAUUUCUUCAACAACAAGAGUCAUUUUUACAAAGAUUGAUAAAAAUUCAAAAGAGCAAGACAACCCAUUCAAAGUAACUUAUGACAUGAUAGGAGGCUUAAGUAGUCAGCUGAAAGCAAUUAGAGAAAUAAUUGAAUUGCCCCUCAAACAGCCAGAACUUUUCAAGAGUUAUGGAAUUCCUGCUCCUAGAGGAGUGUUACUUUAUGGCCCUCCAGGUACUGGAAAGACAAUGAUUGCCAGGGCUGUGGCUAGUGAAGUUGGAGCCUAUGUUUCUGUAAUUAAUGGUCCUGAAAUUAUAAGCAAAUUCUAUGGUGAGACUGAAGCGAAGUUACGUCAGAUAUUUGCUGAAGCCACUCUACGGCACCCAUCAAUUAUUUUUAUUGAUGAGCUGGACGCACUUUGUCCGAAAAGAGAGGGGGCUCAGAAUGAAGUGGAGAAAAGAGUUGUGGCUUCACUCUUAACACUAAUGGAUGGCAUUGGUUCGGAAGGAAGUGAAGGACAAGUAUUGGUCCUUGGGGCCACAAAUCGCCCUCACGCUUUGGAUGCUGCACUCCGAAGACCUGGGCGAUUUGAUAAAGAGAUUGAGAUUGGAGUUCCCAAUGCCCAGGACCGGCUAGAUAUUCUCCAGAAACUGCUUCGAAGGGUACCUCAUUUGCUUACUGAGGCUGAACUGCUGCAGCUGGCAAAUAGUGCUCAUGGAUAUGUUGGAGCCGACUUGAAAGUCUUGUGUAAUGAAGCAGGUCUCUUUGCCUUGCGGAGAAUCCUGAAAGAACAACCUAAUCUCCCUGAUGACAAGGUAGCUGGACUGGUGAAGAUUACUCUGAAUGAUUUCUUGCAGGGAAUGAAUGAUAUCAGACCCAGUGCCAUGAGGGAAGUAGCAAUUGAUGUCCCAAAUGUAUCCUGGUCAGAUAUAGGAGGACUGGAAAAUAUCAAACUGAAGUUGAAACAAGCUGUGGAAUGGCCCUUAAAACACCCAGAGUCGUUCAUUCGAAUGGGUAUUCAGCCACCUAAAGGAGUUCUUCUGUAUGGGCCACCUGGGUGUUCUAAAACAAUGAUAGCAAAGGCGUUGGCCAAUGAGAGUGGACUGAAUUUUCUAGCUAUAAAGGGGCCUGAAUUAAUGAAUAAAUAUGUUGGUGAAUCUGAAAGAGCAGUUAGAGAGACCUUCCGAAAAGCAAGAGCAGUGGCACCUUCCAUUAUCUUCUUUGAUGAACUUGAUGCCUUAGCACUUGAAAGGGGCAGUUCUUUAGGUGCUGGGAAUGUAGCUGAUCGUGUUUUGGCUCAGCUCUUAACAGAAAUGGAUGGGAUUGAACAGCUAAAGGAUGUGACCAUUUUGGCAGCUACUAACCGCCCAGAUAGGAUAGACAAGGCUGCAGGGGAGGCUCCUGCAGAGUAGUCAGUUCAUGGAGUAGUCGAUGGGGCAGUCUGUUCACCGCAUCCUUGACCUCAUGGGCUCAAGCGAUCUUCCUGCCUUAGCCACCAAGGAGCUGGGACUACAGGCGAGUGUAAGCACUCUCAGCUAAUUUUUAAAUUCUUUUGUAGAGACAGGGUCUUGCUUGGUUGUGCAAGCUGGUCUUCAACUCCUGGGCUCACGCAAUCCUCCUGCCUUGGCCUCCCAAAGUGCCACUGUACCCAGGCUAUUUUGAGGACAUUUCACUUUUCAGAAAAGUUAUAAGUGUUUUGACCCUGUAUGAUAGUUUAAAAUGAUAGAAUCAUAGAAACAAAAACAAAAAGCCUCAGAAGUUUUUUUUAAACCAAACAAAAAUUAUUGGAACCAGCUUUUACAUCAAGCAGUGAAUGAGUAACACAGAAAAUUGGUUUUUCUUUUCUUAACGAUUUCUUGUAAUGGGGAUUUUACACCUUAUUAUUCUCAACCUCCCUCCAGGUCAUUUUUGGUUGUUACAACUGGAGGAAUGAUACUGGCAUCCAGUGGGCAGAGGUCAGGGAUGUUACCAGACAUCCUAUAAUGUACAGGAAAACUCUCCCUGCCCCACAACGAAAUAUUAUCUAGUCCAAGUAAUGCUGAGAUUGAGAAACUCUUCUGUAAAUUGUGGAUUUUUAUCUUGAUGGGAGUUUUUCCAAGUAGCUACAUUGAUGUUUACAAUGCUUUAUAAAUAAAGGGAGAUUUUGGUUUGUUUGUUUGAAUUACUAAUAAGAGAUAAAAGAGGCUUUAGACACUGAUUUGGGGAUUUAUGGAUGCAAUAAACACAAGCAGUCUUCGAAAAAUAUUCUUGGAGACAGUAUGGUAAUCUUGUGAUACAGGGAAAUGGAAAACAUUUUAUUAGAGAAGGACAUGAGAAACUUGUAUUAUUUUUUACUCUUUCAUGGACAUGAAAUGAAACUUCUACUUUGUAGGUAAUGGUGUUGUACAGAAUUAUUUCUUUAUUUGUGAAUUAAGUCAUUUAAUAAAAGUAAUCACAGUAUCUCAGAUCAGUUAUCUUGGGAGAAUAUUCAAGAGCCUGAAGCUCUGGAUUCGCUUCCCAUUUGUGACUAUAGUUAAUUUAUUUAAUGUCCAAGCCUCAGUUAACACAUCUGAAAAGUAGAGUUAUUACAAACUUGUCAGAAUGGCAUUAGUUAAUUUGUAUUUGAUAAUUUGUAUUGACACUGAACUGUUCAGAUGUUAAAAGAAAUGAUGUCUGGUCUUUGAUUGCUGAACCUCAGUGUAAGGAGUAGGUAUUUCUUCAUUCUUAUCACAAAGGAAGCUCUUGAACCUCCGUUUUUAAGCAUUGUCUGCUCAGUCACAAUAAUUUGCAGUAGAAGGAUGUAUAUAUAACCAUGCAUGUGUAACACACAAGCAUACCUAGUGACUUGAUGGUAUGGAAGGCAGAGACUUACAAAAUGUGUUUCCAUUGCUUUCCAGAGGUUGAGGUUGAGGUUUUUGGAAUCUGGCAUACUGAUAGUACCCCAUUAUGGGACCAUAAUCAUGUGGAUUUAAUACAUGAGAUAGAGCAUAUAACAUAUAAACAUAUUUAAUGAUAUUCUUUGUGCUACAACAGAAACAGACACUGGAGAUUAAAUGUAAAUGAUCAUAUUCCCACUCUUAAAAAUUUGCAGUUGAUUUUACUUUUUAAACGAUUAUGUUGUCUGCCAUACCACCCACAAUCCAUUAACUAACUGAAUGUGUGUUGUUGAAAAAGUUCUGUUUUCUGUAAAGGAAGAGAGUUAGAAAAAAAAAUGCAGAUUGGAGUCACAAAUCAUUGCAAGUCAUUUCACUUUUGUUUCCAUGUUUAAGAAGAAGUUGUCUCUUUGGUGGAGACAGACAAGAGAUCUGUAUUCUAUCAUCAACAAAAAUUGUCUUAGGGUAUUUUUUUUUCUUUUUUUAAUUAAGGGACCAGCCAGGGCUAUGCAGCUAAUAUAGAGAAGAAUUCAGUCAAGAAAUUGGAUCUUAUUUGGCAGUGGAAACUGCAAAGUUUGAUGAUCUUUUAGAGAUUGUAGUGUAUGAAAUAAAUUGUUUCACUUAUAAAUGGAAGCAAAGCAAUAAACUUCAUGUUAUUCUAUAUACAACUUUAAUCAUUGUUUCUUUUCCUUCUUCUUCUUCUUUUUUUUUUUUUUUUUUGAGACAGAGUCUCACACUGUCACCCAGGCUGUAGUGCAGUGGCGCGAUCUCGGCUCACUGCAGUCUCCGCCUCCUGGGAUCAAGCAGUUCUCCUGCCUCAGCCUCCCGAGUAGCUGGGACUACAGGCAUGUGCCACCACUCCCAGCUAAUUUUUUGUGUUUUUAGUAGAGACGGGGUUUCAACCUGUUGGCCAGGAUGGUCUUGAUCUCCUGACCUCAUGAUCUGCUCACCUAGGCGUCCCAAAGUGCUGGGAUUACAGGCAUGAGCCACCGCACCCAGCCUGUUUCUUUCAUUUUUUUAAAAGGUAUUUUGUUAGGAUGGUAGUUUGAAUUGGUAAUAUAUAUAUAUGUAACUCAGAGAUCAAAACUGUAUAGAAAGAUAUACAUGAUAAUACCUGGGAAGACUGAGUUUUGGUGAGUGAGGGUUGUUACUGUGGUCAGAUUCUAGAUACAAUCUUGUGCCAUGUAACCAUGUUUUGGUCAACAUCAGACUGCAUGUACAAAUGUGUCCCAUAAGAUUAUAAUGGAGCUGAAAAAUUCCUAUGGCUUAGUGACAUUGUAGCCAUCAUAAUGUCAUAACCAUUAUCAUAUGGUAACAUAGUGCAUUACUCUUGUGGUGAUGCUGGUGUAAACAAACCUGCUGUGCUAUUAGUCAUAUAAAAGUGUAGCACAUUAAAUUUGUAUAGUAUAUCAUACUUGAUAAGGGUAAUAACUGUGUUAUAGGCUUAUGCAUUACUUACACUAUACUUUUUAAUCAUUUUAAUGAGCACUCUGCUUAUGAAAAAAUUAACUAUAAAACAGCCUCAGGCAGGUCCUCCAGGGGAUAUUCCAGAAAGAAGGCUAAACGUAGGAGAUGACAGCUUCAUGUGUAUUAUUGCCCCUGAAUACCUUCCCAGGAAACAAUAUAUAGAGAUGGAAGACAGUAAUAUUGAUGAUCCUGAUCUACAGGCCUAGUAUAUGCGUUUGUGUCUUCGUUUUUAGCAAAAAAGUUUAAAAAGUAAAAUAAAUUAAUAAAAUUUAAAAUUAGGAAAAAACCUAUAGAAUAAGGAUAUAAAGAAGAAAAUGUUUUUAUACAGCUGUAUGGCAUGUUUGUUUUAACCUAAGUGUUAUUGUAAGAGGCAAAAAAUAAAAAUUAAAAAGUUUAUAAAGUAAGUUACAGUAAGCUAAGAUUAAUUCUUGAAGAAAGAAGAGUUAUAAACUGUUUAGUAUAGUCUUAUUGUCCUGUGUUUAUUAUAAAAUCUAUAGUGGUGUACAGUAAUGUCCUGGACCUUCACAUGCACUCUUUGCUUACUUACUGACUCACUCAGAGCAACUUCCAGUGCUGCAAGUACCACUCCUGGUAAAUGUGCCCUAUACAGGCAUACAAUUUUUUAUCUCUUAUACAUUAUUUUUACUGUACCUGCUCUAUGUUAAGAUAUAUUUAGACAUACAAAUACCAUUGUUUUACGGUUGCCUACAGCAUUGAGUGCAGUAACAUGCUGUACAGGUUUGUAGCCUAAAAGCAAUAAGCUAUAUCAUGUGGCCUGGGAAGGCUAUAUCAUCUAGGUUUGUUUAAGUACACUCUGUGAUGUAUGCACAAUGACGAAAUCACUUAAGGAUGCAUUUCUCAGAAUAGAUUCCCAUUGUUAAGUGACACACGACUGUAUUUUGUUCUGUAACCUUCUUGGCCAAAUACACUAUUUUGAGUCAAAUUCCACAGACCUCUUUGUUUCCUCUUAAAGUAUAAUGAACCUUUUCCUUUUAACUUAUAAAAAGAUGAGUGUAUUCAAGCUGAUCGUUUAGAAACUUUGGGCAGGUUUGAUUUUUUAUUUUAAAUUAGCUUUGUCACAAGGAUAUUACCACCUUAUGCCUUGAAGCCCUGACGCAGCACUCAUUGCACUGUUUUAAUUUCCCUGAUGGAUUUUGUUUAUUUGUUUUUUUGCUGCCUCUCUUAUUUCCACAUAUCACUCUUUAGUUUCAAUAUGUAAAUUCAAAACUUACCCAUUUUGGUAUCUAGGAUAAUAUUUAGAUAAUCAGGUAUUUGCUCAGGUUAUGUUGCUGAGAAAGAGAUACAUUUGUUCUGAGAUACAUAUAUUCAUUUUAACUGUACUCCUCAACUUACAGUGGAGUUCCUUCCUGUUAAAGGUAUGUUGAAACUAAUGUAAGUCAAAAGUGGAUUUAGAACACCUAACCUACUGAACAUCGUAGUUUAGCAAAAAAAAAAAAAAAAAAAAAGAAAUUCACAUCUUAUACGUGCUCAAUACUUACAUUAGCCUGCAGUUGGGCAAAAUUGCCUGACACAAAACCUGUUUUAUACUGAAAGUAUUGAAUAUAUUAUGUAAUUAAUUGAACCCUGUACUGAAAGUGAAAAACAGAAUAGUUAUAUAGGUACUCAAAGUAAGGUUUCUACUGAAUAUGUAUCACUCCCACAUUAUCACAAAGUUGAAAACUACAAAGUCAAAUCAUUAAAGUAAGGUACCAUUCAUUACUUAUGAUGUCUAAUGCAGUGAUAACUAAUGAAAGAAAAUACCAGGAAGAAAGAUUUUUGACAUCAUAUUGAUAAACUUUUUUCUAAUUAUAGGACUUUUUGCCUUUAUACCAAUCUCCUUUAAUAAAUGGAAUAGAAAACUACUCUUUUUUUGGCCAUGUCAUUUGUUUUUUUUGACAGCAUAUUAGGUUGUAGAUAGUAUUUGGAAAUCCACAUCUGCUCUUCAUUCAAAUAUGUUUGUCCUUCUUGCAGUGUAGAUAAAAAUGUGCUUUGUAUGUUAGCGUAAAUUGUCAUUUCUAUUAUUUUAGCAAUUUUCUUUUCUGAAAGUUGACCUUUUAACUUCUUAUUUUUGCAGGGAAAGCUUUUGUCAGAGGAACUUUUAUUAUUGUUUUUCAAAAGGCAGUAGCCUCAGGAAAAUCUAUUUUACUUUAGUAUGAAAGUGAAAAACUGACAUUUAAUUGCAAAAGCUAUUUAAAAUAUCAUUAAAUGUAGCUAUUGCUAUAAAAAUGUGUUCAUGUAAGAGACCAGAGGAUAAUGGAGCAUAAAGCAGUGGUUGGGUGUCGGCAGGCAGCCAACUGUGGUAGUCAAAUAGUGAUCAAAUUCUUGAUGUCUUGCUGCUUUUUUCUGAAAUUUUAUUUAAUAAUAUUAUAUAAUGUAACAUGUUCUUAUUGGACCACUGCAUACCUGAAAU